CUUCUCUCUCCCAUCAUAAAAGUAUUUUCCAUUUCUGCUUUCUGCUUUCUGCUUUCUGCGACUCUGCUUGGCUGAAAACGGUGCCGUAUUAAAAUGGGAAAUUUUCAUCGAAUCUAUUCAUUUAAUUAAUGAAUCUCCAGAUCCUGAACUUGGUUUAAUUGAGGUUUGCUUUGCCAGCUCUACUUCUGUGUGUUUCGUCCUGUUACUCCUUGGAGACUGAUGCCUCUUGUGAUCCAAGCAGAAUGACACAGAAAGAUAAAUAUAGCCGGCCCCUACUAGUUUGGGUUUGAGGCUUGGUUGUUGCUGCACAGCUUGUUUCGAUUACUGUCCCCUUGAGUUUAGCAAACUAAAAUUAGGUGACUGAAGUUGGAAGAAGCAUGGCUUUGGGGUUUCCUGAAUCGGGACCAUGCAUGUAACUGCACCGUUCAAUCUUUCUAAACCAAAUCAUGGCCCCUAGACUCCUUCGCUUAGCCUACAGAAGAGUAACCUUCAAGGUUGUUUUCUUCAUACUGCUGAUACUUGUGCCAAUUUGUGUGAUUGGAAUCCUCACACAUGCCCAGCAUGUCUCCUACUUUUUACGUCCACUUUGGGACAACCCCCCUCCUCCCUUUAAACACCUACCUCACUAUUAUGCAGAGAAUGUCUCAAUGGAACAUCUUUGCCACCUACAUGGUUGGUCCCUACGAUCUGAGCCUCGCCGUGUAUUUGAUGCCAUCAUCUUUAGCAAUGAGCUAGACGUUCUUGAGAUCAGAUGGCACGAGCUUUAUCCUUACAUCACUAAAUUUGUAAUCCUCGAAUCGAAUACCACUUUCACUGGCAUCCCCAAGCCUCUCUUCUUUGACUCAAACCGGUCUAGAUUUGCCUUUGCGAAGGAGAAGAUUGUCCAUGGUGUAUUUUCAGGCCGAAUUGCUGCCCGUGGAAAAAAUGAAGACCCUUUUGUACUUGAGUUUGAGCAGCGGAAAGCUAUGAGUGGAUUGCUCCGCAGUUCAGGAAUUUCCUACGGUGACUUGAUCAUUAUGUCAGAUGCAGAUGAGAUUCCAAGCCCACACACAUUGAAACUACUGCAGUGGUGUGAUGAAAUUCCACAUGCCAUGCACCUUGAGCUCAAGCACUACAUGUACUCAUUUGAGUUUCCUGUAGAUUACAGUAGCUGGCGGGCCACAAUCCAGAUUUUUGGCCCUCGCACCGGUUACCGGCAUUCACGCCAAACUGACCUUAUUCUCUCUGAUUCUGGGUGGCACUGUAGUUUUUGCUUUCGCCGACUUCAGGAAUUUGUGUUUAAGAUGACUGCAUAUAGUCAUGCAGAUAGAGUUAGGAGGAAUGAAUUUUUGAACUACUCUAGAAUUCAGAAAAUCAUUUGCAGUGGAGAUGAUCUCUUUGAUAUGCUACCUGAGGAGCACACCUUUCAGGAGCUGAUUAAGAAGAUGGGACCAAUACCCCAUUCAGCUUCUGCGGUCCACCUCCCGUCAUAUUUGAUAGAGAAUGCGGAUAAGUUUAGGUUUCUUCUUCCUGGGAAUUGUUUACGAACAUUGGAAUGAAGUUAUUGGCAGUCCGAAUCAAAAUGAGUAAAAUAUGUAGAUGCAGUGCAGUGCAGAACUCUGUCAUUGUUCCUUUUCCUUUUUAGGCCUCAAAUGCCCAGUUCUGUAAAGGGAUGUCUAGUUGUAUAACAGUUGUCUAGUUGUGUAACAGUUGCAAACAAAGAAAAAAUUGUCUUGCUCCGGUCCCAAAGAUUAUAGCUCUUCUAAUCGGAUUCUUUUUCUCUGGGAAGACAUAUUGUUCAGUUCAAGCAUUAGAAAAGAAUCAAGUUUAUACA